AACAAGAGAACCACCAUUUGAUAUUUUGUAUUGUACAUCAGAAACUCCACUUAUUUGGUGGUUUUCUCUUGAAGAUAGUUUUCCUAAAGAAAAAACAAAAACUAAAGUUUUUGAAAUUUUAGUUGAUGAAUAUUUAAAUUCAGAUGAAGAUGAAUUUGUUGAAAUUACUGAAGUAGAUUUAAAUGAAAGUGAAGAAAAUACCAAUUUAACAAACCAAUCACAAGAAGAUAUUGAUUGGGAUCCAAUUGAAGAAGUAGAUAAAAUAAUUGAAAAUAUUUAA